AUGAUCCAAAAUGGAGCAGACCAAGUCGGCUUCUAUAAAAGGAAAGUACGGGGAGAACGUGUUCUCCAUCUUUAUGGAUUGUUAGGAAUCGCAGGUAUUUUAGCCAGUGAAAUUAUCAAUGUCACAAGCUACACCACGAUUGAAGCUGGAUUUCAUCGCGAAAUGGCUGUUUUGAUGGCGCAUCCGUUGGCGAGAAAAUUAAGUUUUUUGAGAACAAAUUCGAUCGAUUGGAUGUUUGAUCAAAUUGAACAAAAAUUACGAGCAAUCAAUGCCGAUCAUAGGGAAAUAGCCGUGGCAAAUGAGAUCUUUUGGGAUGACAUGGAAGAAGACAAGAGGUCAAGUGGUCCUAUUUAUAUGGGUGUAUCAGUAGGAGGAAGAUUGGUGUUUGAUCAUGUUCCGUUACAGGUGUACAUGUUCGAAAAAGAUCUACAAGAUGAAAUAGCACGUGAAGGACAAUAA